AGUAGAAUGAUUUUGAACUUGCAUACAUACCUCUGAUUUAUGAUGUAUAUUAUUAUAAAUUAUUAUUUAUAUUAGCCUACUGUUUAAUCUUCUAAAAUGCAUAUGAUUUAAACUUUUACACGGGUUUAGCUUAAGCUGUUCAACUAAAACUGUUCCUUUGUAAGUUAACUAACAAUUAAACGGCUUCAUCAGUUUUAUCAGUCUGUCAAUGUCCUGUUGUCCUCUUUAUAUAUUUUUUUUGUGCGUAAUUGUCUAUUCUGGAUCUUUUACAUUGAAUCAAAAUCACGAUGAUCAUGACUUACUUUAACCUCGACCUUGUAUAAAAUCUAUCCCAUAACUUCUAAAUCACAGUCUAAAAAUGACUUACAGUAACGUUUGGCCUGAUCUACAUGUCUGAUCACAAAAUAACAUUCAAUCAAUAUCUUUAUUAAAACUUACAUAUGUGUUAUUAUAGUAAUUAUAGUCACUUAUUAAAUAACAUUGAGACACUUCUGGGAUUUACUGUCCAUUGAAGACUUCCUAAAGGUCACAGCAAAUUGCUUUUAGAAGACCUCAGGAGCCAAUUGUGUGGGAAAGGUUUUUAAAUUAAACUCUAGAUAACAUCUGAUCUAUUCAUGUCAAUGAUAUCAUACUUGAAUUCAGUGAAAAAAUUGGGCCCGAUCCAAACAAACAAGUUUUAAACAGAAGACCUGUUCCCAGAAAGGAUGAGCGCACAUGUGAUCGAAAUCUGCUAGAGAUGUUCUGUUUUACGUGAGGCGUAAAAACAAAAAUAAUAUUAAACAUUUAAGGAUUCAUGUAAAAACUGUGUUUUUAUUCUCAGUGUUAGUGCUCUGUUUUAAAUGAAAUAAAAAAAAUGUAAUGCACUCUGACAGCAACUUAAACUGCGUAAAUCAUGGGCAAAUGAACACCUUCCUGAAUUUUUGCCUAUAAAUGUUCACUGUGGAUCUGUUAAAAGUCGUAAUGGGCUAUUUAUGAGCAUCUCUUUAUGAUGUUGCUCUCCUGAGAUUUCAGUUUUAUAGUAUAUGUGAUCUGGUCGGCACACAGGCUUUCCUGGAAGGGCAGUUCCACAGUUAUUGUUUGGUAUUUUGUAGUCAUCCUGGAGAUCGGGAGGGGGGUUCAUUUCCUACCGUUCAACUUUAGUUAUCUCUGUUUACCUUCCCUUCCCUUGACCAUUGGAGACCAUUAUUUUAAAUAUAUACAUAUCCCCGACUGCUCUGAAAAAACGUCUUUAAUAGUCAUUUUACUGCUGUCUGCUAGGCUUAAAAGCGAUUUUAGGAUUUGUUGCUGUUGGGUUUGUAUUUAUAGGUACUGCGAACCCAAUUUUCUAAAGAGAAUUUCUUUUGAUGAUUUUCACCAGCCAAAAACUGGAUUCACUCCCGAUAUCACCCAACUGGAGAACACCCGACCAGCAGAUGAACGGAAAUAUGAGUCUUUCUCGGAACGGGACCCUGGAGAAACCUGUUGCCCAGCAGCCUUCCGUUGACCGGGGGGAGUUUGAAUCCCUUCACCCCCGUCUCCAACACACCGGCUCCAUGUCCUCAAGCAGUCCAGCAAAUGCGUCCAGCUCCGGGGUGGUGGUUCCUCCUCCGUACUCGAUAGCGGGCAGUGUGGCAAACGAUUCUACUCUGGAGCUGAGAGGCUCUUUAGACUGUUGGGCUUGUUCUGUUCUGGUGACAGCUCAGAAUCUGAUCAUCGCUACCCUCAACAUUGGUCUGGCUGCAAUUAUCUUCGGCCUCAUCCUCUUGCCGUCGCUGAUUAUGGUCCUUUUUGGCUUCCUUUGCCAUUCGACAGUUCAGCGCAACGGCACUUCCAUCUACUGUUCAAAUCUCUUGGAUGAUGGAGGCUGUGUGGCUUUGCUGGUUGUGGGCUUCCUGCUACUGGCUCCGCUGUUGGUUCUAGCUCUCGCUGCUUACUGCAGGAUGGCACGGCAUCUCCAGCUGGGCCUGUGUUUCAUACCAUACAGCCGUGCCGUCUACAAGAACCUGCCUGCGUCACGUCAUCGAGGCAUAGGAGGCUGCUGCGGCCAACAGGGGGCCGGAGAGAGUGAGGGAAAGGGAAGCGUUUGGGUCUGAACAACAGCAGCAUUGCAGUAUGGGAUAAAAACUGUCUUACAAAAGGACCUGGUGAAUUUAAUGUGAAUAUCAAUGGUAAUAGAUUACAUACAGACCACCUAAUCAUGCCAAGACAAGACUGAGUAAAAGCAGUGCCAUGUUCUCAGCAGUUUAAACUGUAUUUUUAAAAGCUGCUCAUUUAUUCAGUUUCUCAUACUGUAUCUGUGCCUUUGCAUUUCAGUGUUUCAGUCACUUGUUUAACUGGAUCUACUUUAAGGGUGUUUUGAAAUGGGGAACUAUCUGUCAAUGAAAUGUGUGGUUUAUUGUUGCUUCUUUUGUAAGUGUUUUAACAACAUGAAUGAUGAACUUAUUUGAAUAUGAAGUUUUCUUAAAACUCUCCUUAUUAUUGUAUACAUCUUAUUAAUUGUUAAAUGAAUAAACGUUUUAUUUAGUAUAUUAUCUACAUAAUAUACUCAACUCAACUUUAUUUAUAUAGCGCGUUUUACAAUUUUCUUUGUUGCAAAGCAGCUGUACAUGACAUGUUGACUAUAAGCAAAACAAUUAAAGUUAUACCUGUAAAAACAAGAAAAAGGUGAAAACACAGAAGACAGACAUACCCACAUACAAAACACUCCACACACACAAUAUGCACACGUACUAACACACAUAGACAUAGACACACACACGGAUGUGCAGACACACGCACGUGCACACACACACACACACAUACAAGCACACAC